CAGAUGUGUAAGGAAAGGAGAGGAAAGAGCACAAGCUCUGUUUAGCCAGAACAGUACUAGAAGAUGGACCUCAAACAUCACUCUGUGAAACUUAAUGAUGGUCACUUCAUUCCCGCCCUGGGAUUUGGCACCUAUUCACCAGCAGAGGUGCCUAAGAGAAAAGCUGAAGAGGCAACCAAAAUAGGUAUUGACGUUGGGUUUCGUCAUAUUGAUUCAGCUUAUGCGUACAACUGUGAAGAGGAAGUCGGACGAGCCAUACGGAGCAAGAUUGCUGAUGGCACUGUAAAGAGAGAAGACAUAUUCUACACGUCCAAGCUUUGGGUUACUUUCCUUAGACCAGAGUUGGCUCAGUCAGCCUUGGAAAUUUCACUGAAAAAACUGCAGCUGGACUAUGUUGAUCUCUACCUCAUUCAUUACCCAACAGCUCUGAAGCCUGGGGAGGAGAUGAUACCAGAAGAUGAGCAUGGAAAAGUCAUAUUUGACACAGUGGAUUUCUGUGCCACAUGGGAGGUCCUGGAAAAGUGUAAGGAUGACGGACUGGCCAAGUCCAUUGGUGUAUCCAACUUUAACCACAAGCAGCUGGAGAUGAUCCUGAACAAACCAGGGCUCAAGUACAAACCUGUUUGCAAUCAGGUGGAAUGUCACCCUUACCUCAACCAAAGCAAACUACUGGAUUUCUGCAAGUCUAAGGAUAUUGUUCUGAUUGCCUAUGGUGCCCUAGGAACCCAGCGAGACAAACGGUGGGUGGACCAGAGCUCCCCUGUUCUCUUGAAUGAUCCAGUUCUUGGUGCCCUGGCAAAAAAAUAUAAUCAAAGCCCAGCCCUGAUUGCCCUUCGCUACCAGAUCCAGCGUGGGGUUGUGGUGCUGGCCAUGAGUUUCACUGAAAGGGAGAUCAAAGAGAACAUACAGGUUUUUGACUUCCAGUUGACUUCAGAGGACAUGAAGGUCAUAGAUGGCCUAAACCGAAAUGUUCGUUAUCUUCCUGCUUCAUUUCUUGUUAGCCAUCCUAAUUAUCCAUUUUCUGAAGAGUAUUAACAAGGAGACUGUUGCCAUGACUUCCUCCAGAAGCCACUGCAUAUGUCUCAGGUCCUUGUAAUGAGAGGCAGCACCGCUGGUUAGAUCCUUGUGGCUUAGCAAGUGACACUCUGCUAGAGUUCUGCCCAUAAGCCAACAUGAAAAGGCUCGACACUUUUGUGGCUUCGUAAAAAGAAUAAAGAUUCUCUUCCCCUAAA